UCUCACCAUGUUUAUUUGGCUGCCUGCUGUAGUAACUACCAAUAACUUUAUACGCAGUCAUGGUGGUGAAGAUUGUCAGUUCUAUCCUGACAGCCUUCAGGCGCUCCCUCAAUUAUCAGACCAUCAAUCCGUUUAUCACGGACUUGGGUAUGCAAGGCGACCAGUGUAAUGCUUAUAUGAUCAAUAUAUUCACCAUCAGUGGGACCGCUUGGAGAGUGAUAAUCGUAUUCAUUUAUGGGUAUGGAAAAAUGACAUGCGAUACUCAGAGUGACACUAUGGUUCUACUCAACUUGCACAUGGAAACCACUCAGAGUGCCUAUCAAGUCGGAGUUUGUAUAUAGCACUUGUAUGUUGAGCUCUCGAUUACAUCAGUAUCGAUCAAAGAGCUAGUAAAAUAUUAUCAAGAAGAAGUAGCCACAAUAUACUUUUGAGGAAUGCUAGAGCACCUGUCACUCGAUAGAUCUGCCUCAUGGAAUGUUCUCAACAGUGUAUGGUUUUGUCUUCCUGCAUCUACGUACUGCAAGUAGAUCGGUG